GCUUCUGCUCCACGAACACAGUUUUGUCAAUUUUGCAAUUAACCUAUUUGCUGCUAUUUGGUCAAAAUCAUAACAAAAAUGUCGUCGUUGAAAUCUAUUUGGAAUUGUUUAUUUUCCCCAAGAUUGAUCCAAAUUUAUGGCACCGGUGCAGAGCUUUAUAUGAUGUGGAAAGUAGGACUUUGCACAAGUCCAUUGUGGGGCUCUGCAUUAUACAAUAAAGGAUAUUUUCAACUGCAAGAGCUUCCUUUUAUCGCAAAAUGUGCAACGGGAGUCGGGGUUAUAUUAGUCAUUUCGUUCUGUAUAAGAGGGUUAAGUAGAGCAAAGAAUCCGGCUUACUUAAAAUUCCUAGACGUCCUACAAAGAGCUGAAAAUGAUAUGGUUGCUACCAAGCCGGAAUUAAUGAAAUAUGACUUCGAAUUUAAGUCUUGGCCUGUUGAAUAUGAUUUAAGUGACACUAAAAGUCCAACUCCAAAAGCCAGUCCAAGAGUCGCUGUGCCUCAGGGGGCGUUUCAGAACAUUGUCUCUAUUCCAUUUCGAGUUAUUGCAUACUUGGCCAUACACACCUUUGGGAUCAGAUUAAUCUAUCCCGGGGUACUUGGAGUGCUGCAAGCCGUUCUAGAAAAGGGCUUAUUGAAAGGUAGAACUCGCCUUAUAGAGGUUUAUGCAGGGCAAAGAUAUAAGCUAAAAACAGUAGAUGGAAACAGCAUAGAUACCAUGGUUUUAGACAGGCGAAGUUCCUACGCAAAUGGAGAUACUUUAGUGAUUUGUUGCGAAGGAAAUGCUGGAUUCUAUGAAAUCGGUACAGUGAUAACUCCGAUCGAGGCUGGUUACUCAGUCAUCGGAUGGAAUCAUCCGGGCUUUGGAGGAAGCACAGGAAUGCCAUAUCCUGCACAGGAGCAAAAUGCUAUAGAUGCUGUAAUUCAGUUUGCCAUCAACAUAUUGGGAUUCAAAGUAGAGAACAUCAUGCUUUUCGGUUGGAGUAUCGGAGGCUAUGCGGUUUCUUGGGCAGCAAUGACUUAUCCAGACAUCAAAUCAGUGGUGAUCGAUGCCACUUUCGACGAUAUUAUGCCUUUAGCAUUGAGUCAAAUGCCUAGUUGGCUGGAAUCGAUAGUAAAGCUGGCCAUACGAGAGCACGCUAAUUUGGAUAUCUAUGAACAAUUGUCGAAGUAUCCGGGCCCAGUGUUGUUAAUUAGGCGAACUGAAGAUGAAGUUAUUUGUAUAAGACCUGGCGAUUUAUCGUCAAAUCGAUGUAACAAUUUGCUGAUCAAAAUUUUUAAAACCCGAUAUCCGUGCAUGUGCGAACUACCGCAAGUUCAACUACUACAUGAAUAUCUUGCAGUUACAGGAGUAUUACAAGAAAAAAUUUUGGAAAAAUACAGUAUCGAUGAUAGCAUCUGCACUUCUUUGCUUCAAUCAUACAUAUCCGAAUUUUCAAAGUCAUACCCAAUGAAAAUAGGCCAAGACUUUAGUCCGACAGAAAAAAACCAAAUGAUUUUAUUCCUGGCAAAAAAGUACAUGAAAGAUUUCAAAGCGACUCAUUGCGUGGCGUUACCUUGGGACAUGUUCGCUGUACCAUGGGAUGUAAAUGUGGAACCGGACUUUGUGUAUACAUGAACGGAAUAUGGCUACUGAUCAAUGCAUAAUCGAAAAGAUAUGAUCCUGAAAUAAAUAAUUUAUUGUAGCUGCAUUUUAGAUAAGUCGGGUGGGUACUUUAAUACGGUGAGUUUCUGGUUGUAUUUCUAUUUAUGUAGUACGUAGACGCUUUGAUAACACAGUUUAGGACUUUGCGUUUUUAAUGUGAGAUGAGAUGCGAAUUCGCCUAACUAUUAUCCAUACUAGUUUCCAGUUUAUAAUUUGCAUUUGAUCAAGUUGUAACCUCUGAAAAGGCUAACAUCGAAAAUUGUUUAGUCAGCCACUAAAAUCGUAUCAAAAACAACGGGCAAGUGCAAUGAAGGGAAUUUUCAUUGCGUCCUAAACCUAUUUGAUUCUAAAUGAAGCUCUAUUAGCAAUGGUGUUUUCCUACAAAAGUAAUUUUGCGUGCGACCACAACGAUCAAUCAGAGCUCAUUUUUGUCACAUUAUUAAUUGAUAACACAACUAUAUAUAUAUACAAAUAAAUGCUAAUGUUGUUGGAACAUGUAAAUAAAUAUUUAUGCCUCUA